AUGAAGCUAUUGAAGUUCCACUUGAGGUAUCACCCACCCGGAAUAACUCUGGAGUACACAAAGAAGGGCGCUGUGAAGAGUAAGGACAUCGACCUUUUAGAUUUGAACUGCAAUUCAGAUUUGAGGCAAGUGGCGAGCCGGCUGCAACAAGAAGAGGCGCUGAUAACAGAAGAGGUGCGUGGGCAGCUGGAACAGUGUUUGGAGACGCUGAGGAAGAGGAUCGAGCACGAAGGUCCCACGGGGAAGCGAUACUACAUCCACAAGACCCUGGUCACCCACGUGCUACCGUUGACCAACGUUGCCUUCGACAAGGCCGGGAGCAGAUGCCUGACAGGCAGCUAUGACAGAACUUGCAAGAUUUGGAACGUGGAGACGGGUGAUGAGAUGAAGACGCUUUCCGGUCACCAAAACGUCGUUUACUCCGUGGGAUUCAACUAUCCAGUUUGCGAUUUGGUGGUGACGGGCUCCUUCGACAAGAGCGCGAGGGUGUGGCGCUCGGACACGGGGGAGUGCGUGUCCACAAUGUGGGGCCACAGCGGCGAGGUGGUGACCGCUCAGUUCGCUCCCAAGGGGCACCAUGUCGCCACCGCCUCCAUGGAUCGCACCGCUAAACUGUACGACACGCUGACAGGUGCGGAGGUACACACGUACACUGGUCAUACCGCCGAAGUGAUCGCACUCCAGUUCGAUCCCAACGAGGGUCAGAAACUCAUCACCGGAUCGUUCGACGGCACCAUAUCGAUGUGGGAUACCAGGGUAAAAGACCGGGUGGCGGUGUUGACCGGGCAUACGGCGGAGAUAUCCAACGUACAAUACAACUGGGACAGUGCGCUGGUGGUCUCCGCAUCGUUGGACGGCAGCGCAAGGCUCUGGGACGCACGUGGACGCAAUUGCAUCGCCACCGUAACGGCCACUGCAGCGGAGAUGCUGGACGCGUGCUUCGACUGGGCGGGCCGUCGCCUCGCCACCGCGGCCAGCGACGGCACCGCGCGCGUCUACCGAGCCGACGCGGACUGCCGUCAAGUGGCCGCCAUGCGGGGCCACCGCGAGGAGGUCUCCAAGGUCUGCUUCAGCCCAGCCGGCGGCUGCCUCCUGACCGCGUCUGCAGACAAGACUGUAAGGAUCUGGAACUCCACUACCGGUAACUGCAUACAAGUGCUGUCAGGUCACCAGGGGGAGAUUUUCUCUUGCGCCUUCUCCUACGCCGGCGACACGAUCAUCACAGCAUCCAAAGACAACACAUGCAGGGUCUGGAGG